AUGUUGUUCUUCGUUAUCAUAUCUUUGUUAGUCUUCGGAUCUUCCGCGACAAUUGUAGGGCAAGGUCCAUGUCCCAAUAUUACUGGGGUUGUCGUCGACUUUAAUAAAAUGGUCGGAAGGUGGUACCAGUAUGCUUACACCUUUGACCCUUAUAACGAUACUUUAAAGUGCAUAACUUAUAAAGUAACCACGCCGAAGAAUGAUCGACCAAGAAUGUUUGCUACCGCAAUUUCAAAAUCUACUGGAAGCAUGUCAGCAGUUGAGAGUGAAAUAAUCUUAAAUCAUCAACCUAGGAACGGAAUGAAUGUUAUUACCCAUGUUCCACUCAUAGGAGAAUUGACCUCUCAUCAGUAUCGGGAUCUAGAAGUUGUGCCUGACAGUUAUGAAAUAUCUUGGAAUUGCCGCAGUCAAGGAUCGAACAACGUGCAGACUUUUGGUCUCUAUACUCGCAGUCCCAACCCGUCAGUAGAUGUGAUUAGAAGAGCACGACAAUUAGCCCUAGAGAAGGGUCUUGCAAUACCAAAUUUUGUAAAAUUUGAUAAUAAUUGUUAUUCAGAUAAAUGUAUAUGCCUAUAA